AUGGAGAUGAUGAAGAAGAAGACCCAGUGCACCUUCCUCCUCGUGGGUCUCUUAGCCUUCUGGGCCAGGGUGCCACCUGCCUCAGCUCAGGGAGGUGAGUGGAGCAAAGCCCUGAAGCUGUGCUUGAAAACUAGGUGUGAUGUUGCCCUGGCUGGGGUCUUCGUGCUUAAUCUGCAGGGUUCCAAAAUGCAAAUAGCAGUUCAACUGCUAGAUUAGUUGAACUGGCUAGAUCAACAGAGGCAAUUACAGAUCGCACCAGACAAGGAUUUCAAAAGGCAUGGGGGAAAUGCAGAGAAUACUUCACCAAACAGUGCCCUAAAAUACAUACCUGGACUUGUUUCGAUUAAUGUCUGCAGGAGACUUUGUGGAUAUUUAAGUUAUAAUUAGAAAAAUCUUAAUAAUUAUUCAUAAAGGAAACAGCUUAUAAGAAGUAAAUAAGGAGGCCAGAUACAGUAUUAAGGAAGUCUUUUAUUGGGUUGUUUGUAUUGUUGUAUGUUAUGCUUAUUGUAUGUUAUGUUCAUGUUUAAUGAGGGUGGAUUUCUGUAUUGGGGGGUGGGGGUUUAUGUUAUGUUGUAAAUAAAAUUUCCAAUAAAAAAUUUUAAAAACAAAAACAAAAUGCAAAUAGCAGUUGUUGUUGCUGCUGCUGCUUCUGCUGCUGUUAUUUGGAAGGUGGGGGUGGGGAGCUGAUCAUGAACAGGAGUGUAGGAAGGGGCGUUAACCCUCCCCGCCACCCGUAAUCCAUCUGAACCCCUCCCUCUAGUGCUGCUGCAUUAAACUGUUGACUCAUGUUAAGUUUGACUCAUGUCCACUAAGACCCCUAGAUUCUUUUCACAGGUACUGCUGUUGCCUGAAGAACUUUGGCUUGGUAUGGGUUGCUGUUGCUUUAACUGUGUUGAGGUCAAAUCCUUGGAAAUCUCUCCUUUCCCCACAGAUUCAUCAUCAUCUGAGGAACGCCCAGCACCCCCUGGUAUGUCCCCGACUUUCUCUUCUGGGUCUGUGUGCAGGCUCCUGCGCUGCCGGUCAGUUGCCCUUCCCCCCCAUCCCUGACUCCCAUGCAGCGCCAGACGUCUUUCCGCUGACCCUGCUCCCCCCUCCUUUUGCAUUGGAAACUAAAACUCCCAAGGGUGCCGCUAUUGGGGCCUCUUUACAAGAUGGCACCUGGCGUGCCAGCAGUACACGUGAGAAGGAUCUAGGGGUCUCAGUAGAUUAAGGGAUGCCAUAAUACCCUCUAUUCUGCUUUGGCCAGACCACACCUGGAGGAGUCCUGUGUCCCUGGCAGAUGGCCAUCCAAGCUCUGCUUGAAAACCUCCAAGGACUGUCUGCUCCACUGGGAACAAACAAGCUUGCUCCACCUUCCAUGUAUCAGCCCUUGAUAUAUUUGAAGGUGGCUAUCAGAUCUCCUCUCAGGGUUUAUGCACACUUAUUUCACACACACCCCUCACUCUUUCCAGACACCUGUCUACUUUUUAACGCUCUGUGUCUGAGCAUUUGGGUUUUUUAAAGCCGAAUUCUGGUGCUGGAGGAGACUCUUGAGAGUCCCAUGGACUGCAAGAAGAUCAAACCUCUCCAUUCUGAAAGAAAUCAGCCCUGAGUGCUCACCGGAAGGACAGAUCCUGAAGCUGAGGCUCCAAGACUUUGGCCACCUCAUGAGAAGAGAAGACUCCCUGGAAAAGACCCUGAUGUUGGGAAAGAUGGAGGGCCCAAGGAGAAGGGGACGACAGAGGAUGAGAUGGUUGGAUGGUGUUCUCGAAGCUACCAGCAUGAGUUUGACCAAACUGCGGGAGGCAGUGGAAGACAGGAGGGCCUGGUGUGCUCUGGUCCAGGGGGUCACGAAGAGUCAGACACCACUGAACGACUAAACAACACCCUAGAACUUUCUGCCCCCAAACCUGCUCUUUAGUGCUCAAUGGGAGCAAACAUCAUUUUUCUGCAGAUUGCUGUUUGCUAAAACUGAGCUUUAAAAAGUGGGUUUUCGAGGGGAAAGCUGAUGAGCAAAAGAAAAAAUGGUGCUCAGACAUGUAGCUUUAAAUCACAAACUGCCUGGAAAGAGUAGGGAGAGGGGAGUAAGUGUGGAUAAACCCUCAGUCUCCGCUUAUCCAGACUAAACAAACCCAGCUCCCUCAAGCGUUCCCCAUAAAGCUUGGUUUCCAGACCCUUGAUCAUCUUGGUCGCCCUCCUCUGCACACCUUCCAGCUUGUCAACAUCCUUCUUAAAUUGUGCUGCCCAGAACUGGACACAGUAUUCCAGGUGUGGUCUGACCAAGGCAGAAUAGAGUGGAAUGAUGACUUCCCUUGAUCUGGACACUGGACUUCUGUUUACUGCAGAAUAAUAAUAAUAAUAAUAAUAAUAAUAAUAAUAAUAAUAAUUUAUUAUUUAUACCCCACACAUGUUGCUGGGUUUCCCCAGCCACUCUGGGCAGCUUCCAACAAAAUAUUAAAAUAAAAUAUUCUAUUAAACAUUAAAAGCUUCCCUAAACAGGGCUGCCUUCAGAAGUCUUCUAACAGUCUGGUAGUUUUUUUUCUCUUUGACAUCUGGUGGGAGGGCGCUUCACAGGGAGGGCGCCACUACCAAGAAGGCUCUCUGCCUGGUUCCCUGUAACUUGGCUUCUCACAGGGAGGGAACCGCCAGAAGGCCCUCAGAGCUGGACCUCAUUGUCUGGGCAGAACGAUGGGGGUAGAGACGCUCCUUCAGGUAUACUGGACCAAGGCCGUUUAGGGCUUUAAAGGUCAGCACCAACAAUAGAAUCAUAGAAUCAUAGAAUCAUAGAGUUGGAAGAGACCACAAGGGCCGUCGAGUCCAACCCCCUGCCAAGCAGGAAACACCAUCAGAGCACUCCUGACAUAUGGUUGUCAAGCCUCUGCUUAAAGACACUUCGAAUUGUGCUUGGAAACGUACUAGGAGCCAAUGUAGGUCUUUCAAGACCAUCGUUAUGUGGUCUUGGCAGCUUUUAAGACAUAAAAUUCAGCAAUCGACCGAAACACAGCGUAAAAUCAGAUUAAAAUCAAAAUAAGAUCAGAUGGCUGCCCUCCAAUUAUAACUAUAAUUAUAGCCUAGAAUAGCGUUAGCAUUUCUUUGCUAAGUUUGACUCAUGUCCACUAAGACCCCUAGAUUCUUUUCACAGGUACUGCUGUUGCCUGAAGAACUUUGGCUUGGUAUGGGCUGCUGUUGCUUUAACUGUGUUGAGGGCAAAUCCUUGGAGAUCUCUCCCUUCUCCACAGGUUCAUCACCAUCUGAGGAACGCCCUGUGCCUCUGCCAACACCCCCUGGUAUGUCCCCCACUUUCCCUUCUGUGUCUGUGGUUAGGCUCUUGCGCUGCUGGUCAGUUGUCCUCCCCCCAUCCCUGCCUCCCAUGGAGCGCCAGCCGUCUUUCCACUGACGCUGUUCCUUUCUCUCCCAGCUAUGAGAUGCCCCACCAACUUGAAGGACCAAGAGCUGGAGUGUGGUGCUCAGUGCAGAACACACAGCAACUGCCCAGGAGAGCAGAUGUGUUGCAGAUAUGGCUGCCAGCAGAGGUGUGUGUUGCCCGUCAAUGGUGAGUCCUCUCCCCUUGUCCCUUCUCAGCUUGUAAAUUGCUUCAGUAUUUACAAUUACGGAGAACUCAUUAGGGGUAAAGUUUCCCUAUGUUUCAGAGUUUUUGUCCGUGCACGUUAAUAGCGUGGUGCCUGGACACCUUCUGGAAUUGGCCCUUGGGAAUUCCAGUAUUCAGGGGGAGCGUUCCCACCAUCUUGUAUUGCUACGAGCAACCCAGUGAGACUCCAGGCAUUUACACAGGUCCUGUUUCCUUGGAGCAAAGGUUUGCAGAGACUGUGGUGCCUUUAAUUUGCACCAGGAGUGCCAUCUUGGCCCCGCAACCAUGGGUGCCUGGGGCCCUGGGUGCCAUGCCCCAUGCAUGGCCCUGGCACUGAAAUUUGUGUUGGGAUGUGUCCAAGGAAACGGGGGCAAUGGGCAGGCCCCCAGCUGACUCCAGCCCACCGGCCGGCAGCCGGGCGAACUCCGGUCCAUGGAACAGCAUCAAACUGCGACCCAGAGCUUCAGAAGCCUUUCAGAAGCUGAGCACGCAAGCCAGCAGAGAUAACAAACUCUUCCCAACGGAAGGACAGACAGAGGCAUAUGUAAAGUGUAUUUACAAGCAGUUUAUUCAGCAUAGAUUAGGACAAAGGAAAAACAUGUCUUCUCCCUUUCAUGUCCAAGCAAGGCAGAAUAAGCAAAAGCUAUACACAAAUGGUAGUUCCCAGCAAGCUGUGCUGGAGUGUAAACAGGCAUGUGAUACACAACAAUCAUGCCUGUUCCUUUUAAGCUGGAACAGAAUAUUCUAACAAUUUGUGGGUGCCCAACCUCUUCAUGGGGAGCUUUGUGGGUGCUCAGGCACCCAGGGCCCCAGGGAGUCGGCAACUAUGAUUUGCACAGGAAUUCAACCUGAGCAUAAGAUGGAGGAGUCACAGCAUGAACACACUUCCAGGAGGUCUUCCUUCUCCAUUCCUCACAGCUUGGGAUCCAGCACAGAGCAAGCAGCUCGCUCUGUCUCCAGAUUCCAGGAACAGGGAGAGAGAGGGCCAUAUUGCCUUCUGGGCAGCCUUCCAGGGGCCACGUGCCGGGGUGGGUGGGGCCAGAGGCAAAGGUGGGCAGUGUAUGCAAUGUUUACCUUUUGAACAGUUCCCUUUUCUACAGGCCCUUGCAAGGGACGUUGUCAGAGGUUAAGGACGGAUGCCUGUCCUGCCACAAAAUGAUGCAUGUGAAGCAGGUGCAGGGAAGGGGGUUUCCUGGAGAGGGUCCAAAGGGCCAGAUAGAGAGGUCUGGAGGGCCACAUCCCUGAUGGCGACUGUGCUAUUUGCUCCUUCUUUUUCACUUCUCAUUUGAAAACAGUCCUCUGUAGGCGGCAGCCGAUGGUGGGAAGAAAAAUGGGGAGUGCUGCAUUUCUUCAGAAAGAGGAUAGACUAUUAUUGUUAUUGUUGUAAUUAGAAUUAGAAUUUAUAUACUGCCCUAUACCCAGAGGUCUCAGGGCAGUUCACAGAACUAAAGGCCGCUGAAUGAGAAGAUAUUUGGCUCCUUGCCUUAGCUUUAUUAUUUGUCAUGAAAAUAUACAUCAAAGCGGUUUACAGCAAUAUAAAGCCAUACAGUGAAAACCAUGAAAAUUUAAAAACAGUCCUCAGUUAACCAUUGUGGAAGGAUGUAUUCUUCAUGGCCUAAUCUGCUCCCUCUCCUUGCCCCUCAGUGAAUCCCGGCUACUGCCCCAGCUCCAACCCCUUCCCCCCUACAAUGUGCGCCAUCAGGUGUGUCGACGACAAAAGGUGUGGCAAGGGGAAGAAAUGCUGCCGCUGGGGCUGCUUAUCCAGCUGCGUUGAUGCAGAGCCAGGUAAGUGGGGGGGAGCCGGAGGAAGGGGCAGACCCUGCUGGUACUUGCAGGUGGGCUGGGAGAAGGGAUGGAAGCGUCCUCUGGAGGAAUGGCAUGACCGUCUCGAAAGAAACCUUUGGUGCGGCUGCAUUUGGAAUAGUGUGUACAGUUCUGGUUGCAUUACCUCAAAAAGGAUAGAGUUGGGAAGAGUUCAGAAAUGGAUAACUGCAAUUAUCAUAGGGACAGAGCCGAUCGACUCACCGAUGAAGAAAGCUUGCAGCAUUUGGGGAUUUUUAGCUUGGAGAAAGGGACGCAGGUGGCGCUGUGGGUUAAGCCACAGAGCCUAGGAUUUGCUGAUCAGAAGGUUGGCGGUUCAAAUCCCCGCGACCGGGUGAGCUCCCGUUGCUCGGUCCCUGCUCCUGCCAACCUAGCAGUUCGAAAGCACAUCAAAGUGCAAGUAGAUAAAUAGGUGGCAAGGUAAACGGCAUUUCCGUGCGCUGCUCUGGUUCGCCAGAAGUGGCUUAGUCAUGCUGGCCACAUGACCCGGAAGCUGUACGCUGGCUCCCUCGGCCAAUAAAGCAAGAUGAGCCCCAGAGUCAGCCACGACUGGACCUAAUGGUCAGGGGUCCCUUUACCUUUACCUUUAGCUUGGAGAAAACGUAAGAAGUGACACAGAACUGAAGUUUUCUAUAAUUAAGUAUGGCAUGGAGUGAGUAAAUAGAGAAAAGUUUUCCUCCAUUGUAGGAAUAACAGAGACGACAGGAGGUUGAAUGCAGGUGAGCUGUGCAGAAGCAAGCUAGCAAGGAUGCUCCAAGCAAGCUGCCGGCUAGCUCUGCCAAGGCUCCUUUUAUUAGCAGAAGUCAACAAUUGGAAACAGUCGUGAAACCACCCUGAACUUAACGUAUUUCCACCUAAGCACAUUUCCAGCGUUAGCAAAUACACGUGUCAGCAGGUGUUUCCCUCAAAUGUUCCCCCCGAUACUUGAUUACGUCUGCGUCCCCCGUCAUGCUCCAGCCAAGUGGUAUGUCUAGCAAACAAAUUGUGAGAGGACGAAAAGUCAGGGGGAAAACCCUGUUUUCUAGCCAAGAAGGCAAAAGGUCAGGGAAAGCAGGCUCAACGCUCCUUGACAUAUUGUCGCACGUCUGGUGCAAGGUUUGCCUUCGCAAAGCAGAGCGUUACCUCCACACUCCAUCUCUCAUGGCACUAAAACUCGUGGGCAUCCAGGGAAGAGGGACGUCGUCGGAAGAUUCAGAACAGAGGAAAAAAGUCCUUCCUCAUGCAGUGCAGAGUUAAACUGUGGAACUCCCUGCCACAGCAGGCAGGGAUGGCCACCAACUGGAUUAGGCAGAUUCACGGAGGAGGAGAGAGCUAUCAAUGGCUGCUAGAUAGGAUAGCUCUGCUCUGCCCACCACAGCUGGAAACAGCAAUGUUUCUGAAUACCAGUUCCUAGAAAUUGCAGGACGGAAGAGAGUUGCUCUUCCGCUCAGAUUCUGCUUAAGUGUUUCCCAUUAAUCCAACAGAGCAGCUUGGGCAACCCACCCAGAUGAGCGGGGCGUUAUUAUUAUUAUUAUUAUUAUUAUUAUUAUUAUUAUUUGUAGUGUUCCCAAAGCAAGGAAGGAUUGGACUCUGAUUAAUAAAAUACACACAUGGCUUGACCAGCAAGACUCUGGGAGGAGUGCAUAUAAUAAUUCCUCUCCACCCCUCGGCCAAGGUCGUUUUAUUCACAAAGGAACUUUUUACACAGUGUUCAUAAGAACCAAUCAGAUUUCCUCUGAGCAUUUCAAAAUCCCCAUGUGGGACAAAGUCAGAUCAGAAUAAAUUAUUUCAACUACAAAGAAACUAUUUCCUACUUGAGCAUGCAUAUGUAAAGGUAAAGGGACCCCUGACCAUUAGGUCCAGUCGUGGCUGACUCUGGGGUUGCAGCGCUCAUCUCGCUUUAUUGGCUGAGGGAGCCGGCGUACGGCUUCCAGGUCAUGUGGCCAGCAGGACUAAGCCGCUUCUGGUGAACCAGAGCAGCGCACGGAAACGCUGUUUACCUUCCCGUCGGAGUGGUACCCAUUUAUCUACUUGCACUUUGACGUGUUUUCGAACUGCUAGGUUGGCAGGAGCAGGGACUGAGCAACGGGAGCUCACCCUGUCGCGGGGAUUCGAACCGCCGACCUUCUGAUCAGCAAGUCCUAGGCUCUGUGGUUUAACCCACAACGCCACCCGCGUAUGUAGUUCAGAGUAAAUAAAAGAGGAAGCGAAGGGGCAUGCUUUUAGGAAAACCCGGAGGUCAUAAACAGCAGUAAACAGUAUUUACCUUCUCCUUGUGAUCUCUCUUCCUGAACUCUCUUCCUGGCCCUAAGAUUAACAAAACCAAGGAAAGGUACAUCAAAGCCAUCUACUAUCUUUAUGGCCCAGGAUGCCUGGUGAAGCAACUGGCCUGUGUAUUUAGAAAGCUUAUACGUGCCUGUCAGGCACAGAGAAAGCAAAUGGCAGAGAUGCAGAGGCUUCUGGGAUUCGAUCAGAAACUAUUGUCAAUGAAUCAAACCCAGUCAACGCAAUGCUUUCAUCGUGGACACCAUGGCUUGCUCCAUAUUUCAUAAUUCCUCAUAGCAAUCCCACCUGACCCCCACACUCUGGAUAACUGCACUCCUAUUAUUAUUAUUAUUAUUAUUAUUAUUAUUAUUAUUAUUAUUUUACUGUGCGUUUUGGUUUGAUGUGAUUUUAAUGAGCAGCCCUUCUCUUCCCAGAAAAUCCUGGGGUGUGCCCAAAGAUAGAUGACCUGAGACGGUUUCCCUCUUGCCCUAACAUAUGCGAGGACGACCGGGAAUGUGACCACACACAGAAAUGCUGCUUCACAGGAUGCGGCCGCGAGUGUGUCGGCCUUGAGAAAGGUACUGGGAAAUGGGGAAAGGAAUUGCUGGACAAACAACCUGAAUUGGAAUACAAAAGAGGGAGGUAUGAGGAGGUCCAGAAAAUAAGUAAAUUCAAAAGUAGUGAUGAAAAGAUGGAAUUGUUUUCAACUGUUUUUUCUUUUUUCUUUUCUUUCUGUAUUGUGUAUUGUGUAUUUUUCUUUUUACUUUUAAAUUCUUGUUUUUAUUGAUGUGUUUCUUUUUAUCUGAAACUUUAAUAAAUAUCUUUUUAAAAAAAGAGAGAAAGGUACCGGGAAAUGGACCAGCAGAGCUCUUGAGCUGGAGAUGGUGAUCCGCUCUGGGCUUUUUCUCUGCCUCUUAAAACCCAUCUGCCUACCUGGCAGUUGCCAGACAUUCCCCAUGUUUCCUUUGCACCGAAGUCUCAGCGACUCUGCAGAGCAGGAUUCCAAGAGAUCCAUACUCUGGAGUAUAGCGGAUUCCACUGGGUCCUGAACACACUUAUGAACCACCCUGAGACCUGCAGAUAUUGGGCAGUAUACAAAUUUAUUUAAUCACAACAACAACAAUACAAUAAUUGGCAUUGUCUUCAAGGUCCACUUUUGGCCGGAAUGGGCCACACUCCCCAGUUCCCAGUGGGAAGCGCCAGAGGGCAGCUAUUCCUUGCAGAGCUUGAUCCACUGAUGGGAACUGACUUCAAGCCUGUCUUUCAUCUGGGAUUGACUCGGCUUGGGAGCUCUGAUUGGAAGCUAUUGAGUAGAAUCCGCCCUGGUGGUGAGCAUUGCAUCUGAUGCCCAAUUUAAGGGCUUGGGACAAGUUUACCUACAAGAUUGCCUUACCCCAAAUAUGCCCACCCGACCACUUUGUUAAAGUUUGUUGGGUCGUAUAUCUUCUGACCCACUGAGUUGGCUGCAACGGCCCUGCAAUAAAUUUGAUUUAUUGCCACUCCGACAAAACUCCAAUGGCGCCCACACGCUUCCACUCCGCGCACUGCCACUCUCCUCAGUUGCCGGAUAAUAGCAGAGUUCACACACAGCAUAAAAUGGCUUGUCUGUGUCGACGUGGUGUCCUCAAUAACUCAGCUCAACACCAGUGCUUCUGAUCUAAAACUCUUUAUUUAGAAGCAUUCAAAACAGAAAAGAAAACCUACGGAAUCUAGCUGCAUGUUCCCAGCUUUCUGCCUCUUAACAAAAACGAAACGACCUUGCUCACAUUCUCAGACAGACUGCUCUCCAGAGAGAGCUCAGAUCCCACAGAGCAUAGAUCAAAGUAAAACAAGCACGGGACUUCCGGGUUAGCGCCAUCGCCGAAUGGCGGACUCCCUCCGAGCUCCGGAGGGAGUCUGCUCGGCAGGGGCUGGGUCCUACCGCGCCGGCGACGCGGGGACCCUUAAAAACCACGGGCACGGAGUCCGUGGACAUGGGUGACUCGGCUUGCACCAUUAGCGCCCUCCCGACUCGUGAAGGAGCCUUUUAAAGGCUUCGGAUCGGGUGCCGGGGAGUGGCGUGGUGCUUUGAGUCCACUGCUUUCCCUGCCGAGCGCAGCCGCAUGCCAUUCGACGGAGAGCGCUGACUUCUUCUAUUGAAAAUUUGGACUAUUAACAACAACCCGUGAGUAAUUGGGAAACCGGGUUCAAAAUUUUGGAUUUGGCACGAGCGGGGCGAUUUAAAAGGAAGUCAAUCCCCCCCCCUAUUGUAAGCAUUCCAAAACAAGGACUGGGUAACCAAGGUCCAAAGGGAAGUAUGUCUCUGAUAAAAAUCAUUAAUUUCACGAUGGGAAAUUAUAAGAAAUGUGCUGGAGGAGAAGAGUGGAGGGUGAGAAGUAAAAUGCAACCCCCCCCCUGGGAACCGGGGCGAUUCGUGGAGCCUGGUGAAGAGAGACGGAGACUUUGACAGCUGUCAAAGUGGCUGUCAAAGCUGGAGAAUAUAAAGAGGACUUUAUGAGGACCUUGCUGGUUAAUUUUGUUACAAUUUGCUAUAAUAUGGAUAUAAACUGUUGGAAAAUAAGCAACAAUUUGACUUUUGGAUUCGUGGAUACAAUGUUAUUACAAUCACCCUAGAGGGGUUUCGGGAUACUACAAGAACGGUCGUAAGUGGAAAAAUACCCUGGGAUUCGCACAGGAUUUGUUAUCUUCUGGGAAAGCUGCAAAACUGAAAGAGUAUUUUGUCUACAGAGGAAGACAAUGGAAUUUUUAUUGAAGAAAGAAAGGGACUGGACGUAAGUUUUGUUCCUGAAUAACAAACCUCUGCAGAGACACUAGAUUUCUGAAUUAGAAAGUUUUAGCAGCUGAACAGGACAAGAAACCUGAGAAAGUGAGGAAUAAGAAGAAUAAAGGACUGAUUACGACACGGAAAGAACAACGGGAGGAGUGGUAAAGAUCAAGGAAAUUAAAGGCCUUUGUUAGAUUGGACAUUUGAAGUCAAAUAUUAUUUAAAUUAAUAAACUAAAAGAAAACCGGCAAGAUGGAAUCGGGGAGAAAUCUGGUCAUGAAAUGAGACUUCCAAGCUGAUAAUGUAUAGACUGAUGGACAUGGGGAAUUCAAACCGGGAAGGGGGGAGAUUUGAAAUCCAAAGGCUGUGUAACCAUUUUUUGAAUUUUUCUAUAUCUCUUAUUUUCUAUUUCUUUACAUAACUUACGCAUGUUAUUUUACUUUGAUCGGACGUGUUUAAAAAAAAGGGAAUUUGUGGAAGGAACUGGGGUGGAUCUUGGGGAAAAUCAUUUUUCUUUCUGUUAAAUGAUGUGGGACAGUGGUAAGAUUUGUACAAUUCAAUCUGGAUAGUGGGUUAAACAAAUUAAGCUUUAAAUUGGGAGUGAGAGCUUGUAGAACCAAAUUAAGGAAAGGGGAAUACAAUUGGGGGAGGGGGAGUCCCAGAAAGUAGGGAAUGAAAGUAAGGUUUUUAAAUAUCUUUUUUCUUUUGUCUUUUUUCUUUGUAUUUUUAUAUUUUUGGAAACUUUAAUAAAUAUGAUUUAAAAAAAAAAAAAACAAAGUAAAACAAGCACGGAUCCUGUGGGCAGUGCACCCAGUUGAUAAGAACACUCCUGGAGUGUUAACUACUGACAGUCCAGAACCACAACACACUUCAAGUGGUGGAACAUUGCGGCUCCCUGAUCUGCAUUUACAAGAACUCGUGGCAGCAGCUACACUUUGAAACUUCCUGCCUGUUGGUCUCAGGCAAGUGCCUUCACGGUACCUUUUCCGGCACCUGCUAAAGAUGUUUCUUAGACAAAUCUGCCCAGAUGUUUAGAAAGUUGGUGCAAGUUUUAAUCUGUUGUUAGCCUAUUGUCCUUCAAAUUUUUGAAUGUCUCAAGUAGUUGUUGUUGAUUUUUCAAUAGUUACCGGUAUAUCAUUUUCUCUUUUUUUGUAAACCAUACUGAGGUGUGUUUGUUCUUACAAUCAAGCAGUGUAUAAAUUUUAAGGAAUAAAUAAAUCAAUAAAAGGGACUCAAUCCAAGCCCCUCCGAGGACUGUUUCGGAGCACAUUUUAAGGCACCUUUACCUGCCCUACACCUGGCAUCACCUACCUGUGGGGCAGGUGGGCUUGGCUUGUUGGGGGAAGGGAACAGCCUCACGAACCAAAUUAGGAUCCCUGCCAGUUCUGAUGAAGCCACAGGGCUCCAUCGUUCAGCCCAGACACUGAGGUCCAGCGCCGAGGGCUUUCUGGCAGUUCCCUCGCUGCGAGAAGCCAAGUUACAGGGAGCCAGGCAGAGGGCCUUCUCGGUGGUGGCACCCGCCCUAUGGAACACCCUCCCACCAGAUGUCAAAGAGAAAAAUAACUACCAAACUUUUAGAAGAUAUCUGAAGGCAGCCCUGUUUAGGGAAGCUUUUAAUGUUUAAUUGGUUAUUGUAUUUUAGUGUUCUGUUGGAAGCCGCCCAGAGUGGGUAGGGAAACCCAGCCAGAUGGGCAGGGUAUAAAUAAUAAAUAAUAAUUAUUAGUAUUAUGCUUGGUUCAUUCCUUUCUGAGGUCAAGACAGUGGCCUCCCAUUAUUUCAACUUGCCCUGCUUCCUCUCCCGCACCCUUCUGUUUUCCGGCAGAUCUCUGCAACCUCCCCAGGGAUCCUGGCUCCUGCAAUUUGUCCUUGGACUAUUUCUACUACCACCCCCGCACCAAGAGGUGCAGGAGGUUCAAGUACAGCGGCUGCAAAGGGAACUCCAAUCGCUUCUACACCAGGAAGGAUUGCAUGGACGUCUGUGGGGAAGUUGGUAGGUGAGAUGUCGAGCUCUGUUGGAAGGUUGGUUUGCAGAUCAGGAGCAGAUGGAUGGGUGAAUUGUUAAGUAUAAUUGUUUAAUUGUACACUGAAGUGGAAAAUGACUCUGUAAUGUGCCUGUAUGUAUACUGUGUAGUAUGGCAUGGAAAAUUCCAUUGACGCUAAGUAGAGAGCCUAACAGCUAAUGAUUAAGUGAGACGGGUAUUUAACUUAAAUCACAUGAAAAUGAUGCAAUCGCCAGCCUAUGCAUAUGUUAAUCUGUAGGUGUAGGUCUCAGUUUUGGGUGUGCUAGUUUUUGUUCUGAAGCCACUGAAGAGAAAGAACUUCUCUCACUUUAGGAAAACAGCCUCAGGCUAAUGAUGGAGGUUGUUUGCAAGAGAGGCAGAGCUUUGAUUUCAGCUCUGGAUGGGAGCUAUUCAUAAUCUAAGAUAUUUUACCUGUUGGGAUCAACAUAAGAUAUCAUGCAUCUAUCUGAGUGUAACUUUAUUGUUCUAAGUUUGUUUUGGAGCUAAGUUCUGAAGUAAAGCUUUUGAACCAUAUUUUUGGACUGGAGUAUUUUUUAUUUCAAGAAGAGUUUGCUUGUAUUCAUCCCAUUUGCUUCCAUAUGCGCAAUAUUAACAGCAUCAGGAUGAAUCAGUCAUGAAUGAAUUAUUCAGCAAUGAAUUAAUCAGGAGAAGCAAAUAAUCUAUCUACACAAAAUUCCCGCGGAGGUCAUGCAACCAUCUGAUUUACUGAGCAUUCAUUCUGAUUGGAAAGAAUCAGACAACCAUCACCUGGUUGCAAAUUUUAUGGAAAGAGGGUUGCAGGCAGAGCAAGAAUUGCAAGUACUCUUAGAUGAAACUGGUCAUCUUGGCUUAUCUCUGUCUGGGUUCAGGCCUGGUUAUGGGGCUGAACUGCCCCUAUCAGCCUUCUUGGGAGAAGGAAGGGGGUGACCAUCAAGGUGUUCCUUCAUCUCUCAGCAACUUUUAAUCCAUUGACCGUGGCAUCCUUCUAAGCCGAAUUAAUGGGGUGGAUAUUGGAGGUCCUGGUUUACACUGGUUGCAAUCCUAGAUCCAGAGUGAGUUUCGGAGAGUACCUGGGUUUCCAAGGCCACAAGGCCACAUCACUUUGCUGCUUGCACAAAGGGAAGGCGGGUUAGCGCCUUGCACUGAGGGAUGUCAGAGAUUUCCCAUGAAAAUGGAAACAAAAUAAAAAACAACCAGUUUCCUCCUUAGUCCUGCAUCAUGGAGAGGUGAUAUGAAAGCCAUCUUCACAUACCUGGAAGAUGGAGAAAGCUUGUUUUCUGCUGCUCCAGAUUGGAGGACCUGAACCAGCAGUGGAGCAAGCCAAUCGGGCGCCUGGGGCAGCGUGCGUGACCUGUGUGCGGGGGCGAAGCCAGCCAGGGCAGGAUGCUCCACUGGGCCUCCGAGGAGUCUGCCUGCCUCCUCCCACUCAGCCGCCCUACAGGUGAGGGGGAGGUGGCGGGCAGACCAUUUGGGGCAGCAGGGAGCCUGUGCGCGUCCAAGCCACCACGUCACUCCCAGGAGAGAUGCGCGGCUCAGGCGCGCUGCAGGCCCUGCGGUGAGUGCCGGCCAACAUUUUGUCACCCCGCCCCCUCAGUGGGGACACCUGGGGUGGACAGCACCCACCGCACUCCCCUUCCUCCGCCCCGACCUGAACCAAUGGAUUCGAGUUACAAGGAAGGAGAUUCCAACCAAACAUCCGGAAGUAAUCCUUCAGAAGGUGGUGGACUCUUGAACAUUGGAAGUUUUUAAGCAGAGGUUGGGUGGCCAUCUGUCAUGGAUACUUUAUUUAUUUUACUUAUUAAUUUUAUAUACUGCCCUUAAUCAUAAGCUCUCUGGGCAGUUCAUUUCAAAGCACAGUGGAGAAAGCAAGGGGAAUAAGUUUAGCAGUUCCUAAGCCAUCCUAAAUUCAUAUUAGGCCAAUCAAAAUUCAACAUAUGUAAUUGUUUGCAAGCUUUCAGGGUCUCCAGAACUCUUCCUCAAUGCUAGAGGCCAAGCAGAGAAGGGGUUUUCAAAGCUAUUUUUAAAUUAAUUGUGAUGAGAACGGUGCAUCCUUGGGUGGGAGAGAUCUGGACCCCUUAUUAGCAACCUUCAAAUAGCCAAAACAACUGUAGAUGCUGGACUUCAGAAAACCAUUCUCCAGCCAGUGAUUUUAAUUGAGAUUCUUGCGUUUCAGGGGGUUGGGCUAGAUGACCCACAAGGUUCCCUUCCAGCUCUAUGAUUCUAUGAUCUCAGGAGCCACCUGCCCCGCUUUCUUCCCUCCUGGAUCUCACAAGGCCUCUUCUCACAAGCUGAUACUCUUCCGCUCGCUGAAAUUCCGGGUGGUGACAUUGCCGUUCAGUCUUGAAGUCUCCUUCCCAGACCCCCACCUGCCUGCAGUUUUCCCACCCCACCCCACUCUCUUAAACUGCCCUCCUCUGAUGCUUCUUUGGUUUCUGGUGGCAGAUAUCUGCAGCCUCCCCAUGGACCCAGGUCGGUGCAAAAGCUACCAGCCCAUGUUCUACUACUUACCCAGCAACAGGACUUGUCAGAUGUUCAUUUAUGGUGGCUGCGAAGGAAACGGCAACCGGUUCUCCACUCAGGAGCAGUGUCUUCGGACCUGCAGAAACCCAGGUGAGAGGCAGAUGCAGGCAGAUGGAAACGAGAGGGAGAUGCAGGUACCGCUUCCUGUGGGAGGGAGCUAAAGUGUAGAACUAUGCACUGGGUGAAGAAGGACUUUCAUUUAUCUGCCCUGACUCUUCCAACAUCUGGCUUCAUUGCAUGUCCACAAGUCCAUAUGAAGUGGGCUGCAAGUGUACUUGGACAUGGAAACCACAGGCUGCACACUCCCUUGUCACACAAGUUGAAGGCAAGGAAAGCCAAAAAUUAAUGCCCCCCUCCAUCCUUCCUAGGGUGCUGGGCUUUGGGAAGGAGACGCAGGCUCUGGCAGAGUCCUAGAGCCCUCCCUUGUCCUUCCCAAAGCUGCCUAAGUGCUAACUAGGCUUUGGGAAGAAGGAGGGGAGAUGCCAGGAUCCUGCCAGAGCCUUGUGCCUCCUUCCCAAAGCCCAGCACCUCACUUACCUGGCUUUGGGAUGAUGGUGCAAAGGCUGGGAGGCUGUCAAAUGUUGCCAAAGGUCUCGAGCCACACAUUGGACCUAUCUAUUACAUCACUUCUUUUCUCUAAACUGAAAAGUCCCAAAUGCUGCAACUUUUCUUUAAAAAAAAAAAUUAUUAACAAUUUCAACAUAACAAAUUAUCAAAACAUACAUUCAUUAUUUCCCCCCUUCCCCCCUUCUAACCCUCCCCCCCCCGAGACUUCCCUCAGCUCCUGUCUCUGAUUUCUCAGCACAUAUUCUCUGCAUGUUAUGAAAUUAUACAUAUCCUUACAUUAUCUACAGGUAUCUCCCCUGUUAUCAACCAAUAAAUUUGUGUAUGUGUAUUCAAAACCUGCCAAGGAGUCCAGUUCAUUUUGUUGUCUUUUUACAUAAUUUGUAAAAAGCUCCCAUUCUUCCUUAAAGUCACAGUUGUCCUUGUCCCGCAGUUUGUAGGUCAAUUUCUCCAGCUCUGUGUAACUCAUCAGUUUUUCUUGCCGCUGUUCUUUCGUUGGGAUUUCCUCGUUCUUCCACCCUUGUGCUAUCAAGACUCUUGCCGCUGUUGUAGCAUACCAAAUGCUGCAACUUUUCUUCCUAGAGGAGUUGCUACAUACCCUUGUCUUUUUUAAUUGCCUGAAUCACCACAGCUUGAAUAAUAUUCCAUGGCUUUCUAUGGCUCCAUCAAGUGCCAGUUUUAGGAAACGUCUGGGUCUCUGUGUCAACAGAACCCCAGAGGGGUAUCUGGCUUGCGGUCAGAACUGUAAGCUUUGUAACAUUUCGGCUGGAGAUGGUGGGGAUAAAACCCAGGAUCCUCAGUACGCUCCCUCCUAUGUCCUCCCCUCUUCCCUCCUGUUCCCCAGAUAUCUGCAAGCUCCCAGAGGACAGCGGCAGCUGCAAUAACCACAAGCUCAGCUACUACUACAACUACGCUAACAAAACCUGCGAGCGUUUCACCUACCGCGGCUGCAAUGGCAACGAGAACCGGUUCCGGACACUGGAGCAAUGCCGGAGCACCUGCCUGUACCCUGGUAAGACUUCGAGGGAGAAGCAGCCACCAGCAAGGCUUGGCUGUCGAAGGGGAGCCUUGCUGCCGUGGAGUGAAGGAGAGGGACUCAUCAAACUGUAGAGUGGGGAGGGACUCCCAGGCGAUCUGAAGGACUCUCUCCUUGCCAUACAAACCUGCCCAGCCUCUGAGAUCUUCGGGGGGAGACCAUUCUCAGCACCCUCACAGGCAUAAUUGGUAGGGAUGUGGGAGAGGGCCUUCUCCGUUGUGUUUGCUCCCAGGCAACUUUGGAACUCCCUGCCUCAAGAAGCUAGGCUGGCUCCCCCCUUGCUGUCCUUGUUCCCACAGGCUUUUGGGAACUGACUGUCUUUAAGGAAAGGGCUGGUGCUUUGAUGUUUUUCUUGCAAUUAUCUGCAUGCUUUCAUAGAUCAUGGCUAGAUAAUUCUAAUUCGUGUUGAUUUGCUUUUUAAUGUUUUUAGCAAUUUCUCUCUUUUUUUAAUAUGCUUUUUAUUAGGUUUUCAUUUCAUAUACACAAACAAAAUACACUGAUAAUUCAUAUCCUUUUACAUCUAUCUUUCCGCUCUACCAAGCAUUGACUUCCCUCCCUCCCUUCAGCAGGUUUUCUUAUAAAAGUCUCUAAUCCGCAGUUCCUUAGUAAUAUCUAGUCCAUGUCAUAAGAUUUAUUUCAGCCCUGCUAACAUCUUCAAAUUUCUACAGUUCUCACUUAUAUAGUCCAUAAAUUUACUCCAUUCUUCCACGCUUCUUGCCGAUGGCCGCGGCAAAUCGGAAGUCCAUGUUUUUAGCAAUUUCUACUUCAUCUGUAGGCUGCCUUGAGCCUCCAUCUGGGGGAAAGUGGGGUACAAAUGAAUAUAACGAUGGUUAUGAUCCUAGAAUUGAAUAAUAGAAUUGGCAGAGUGGGAAGGGAUCCCAAGAGUCCUCUAGUAGCCCAAUCAAUGAAUUAUUGCUAAAGGAUCACAGACAGAUGCACUCCACCCCCCGCAACCUGUGCUGAAAGACCUCCAAUGAAUCAUUGGGUCCCUUCCAACUCUACAGUUCUAUGAUGCAAUUCUAGGGGGAGACCAUACAAGAAACUUGCAGAUUCCUGUUCAUCCAUUUACCAUUGAGUAGACCCAACGCGGGUGGCGCUGUGGUCUGAACCACUGAGCCUAGGGCUUGCCGAUCAGAAGGUCGGCGGUUCGAAUCCCUGCGACGGGGUGAGCUCCCGUUACUCGGUCCCUGCUCCUGCCAACCUAGCAGUUCGAAAGCACGUCAAAGUGCAAGUAGAUAAAUAGGUACCGCUCCGGCGGGAAGGUAGAUGGCGUUUCCAUGCGCUGCUCUGGUUCGCCAGAAGCGGCUUAGUCAUGCUGGCCACAUGACCCAGAAGCUGUACGCCGGCUCCCUCGGCCAGUAAAGUGAGAUGAGUGCUGCAACCCCAGAGUCGGCCACGACUGGACCUAAUGGUCAGGGGUCCCUUUACCUUUAGACCCAACUGGGGCAGCUCUUUUAAGAGGGGUGGGCAUGACACUCUUUCACAGUUCCCACGGUGCCUUUGUUCUGACGAGCCUUUGUUUCUUCUGUGACGGCAGAGAUCUGCAAGCUCCCGGCAGACCCCGGUCCCUGUGAUGCCUACUUCCCCAUGUUCUACUAUAACCACCGCAACCAGUCCUGCCUUCCCUUUGUUUACGGAGGCUGCGGGGGAAACCUCAACAGGUUCGAGACUCUGGAGGGAUGCCAACAGCAGUGCCGGAACCCGGGUAAGGCGGGACUCCUGCCAAUGCAGCUGUCAUCGUCAUUGUACAGUGGACGCUCAGGUUGCGAACGUGAUCUGUGCGGGAAGCACGUUCGCAACCCGCAGCGUUCGCAACCCGCAACGCUGCAUCUGCUCACGCACGGGUUGCGAUUCGGCGCUUCUGUGCAUGCGCAAAGUGCAAUUUAGUGCUUCUGCGCAUACGCAUGCGCAAGCGCAAGCGCAAGCACCAAAACCCAGAAAUAACCCGUUCUGGUACUUCCAGAAAAGGGGGGGAGACACACCAUAUUAAAACAAACAAAUCAGGAGGUGACGGCUAUUGACAGCCGCUAGACAUGAUGGCUCGGCUCUGCCUCCAUGGUUAGAGGAACCCAGUUACAGGAAACCACAGGAGGGAAGAGUCGCUCUUGUGCUCAAAUCCUGCUUGUUGGUUUCCCAUAUUGGGCAUCUGGCUGGCCACUGGGAGAACAGGAGGCUGGAUGAGAUGGGCCAUUGGUCUUAUCUAGCAGGCUUUUCUUACAUUCUUUGUAUUCAUUAAGUACAACAAUGCAUACAAUCAGCAGCACUGUAAUAUCCCCGAAGUAGCCUGUUCCAUUAUACUCCAAAUGCCUACUUCUUCAAGCAGCGCACAGUUAAACUGUGGAACUCCCUGCCACAGGAGGCAUAUCAUUCAUUUUGUCUUGAUCGCCUUGGGGGGUGGACAGAGUAGGUUACAAUGGCAAGGUGAGAUAGAUGAUUUACUACUGUCAAAGACUCACAUAACAUAACACAAUAAAAACAGCAUUCAUAAAGAUAAAAUAUACAAUCAGAGCAGAUUGCAGCAAUAGCUCAUGAGUUAAAAUUGAGAUAUAGUCAUACACCCCUACAACUGAGAUUUGGGCUACCAUAAAAAUUGACCCUGCGGCGCCCCAAAGGGCGACUUCAGCAUUUCCCUAGUAAGCUAUUUUAUACUAGAGGAUGAUCUGUGCCUACAAAUCUGGGCGCAGAAUCUGGCUGCCCGCCAGGUCGACUUAUGAUCUUUGCCUAAGAGGAGAGAAUUAAGUUUAGACUUGUCUGAAAGAUCAAAGAGCCUCUUCAGCAAAGGAUCCCACAGGAGGCAGUGAUGGCCACCAACAUAGGUGGCGUUAAAAGAGGAUAGGACAAAUUUGUGGAAGAGGAGAGGGCUAUGGAUAGAUAUUAGCCACAAUGGCUCUGUUCUGCCCUCCACAGUCGGAGGCAGCAGUGCUUCAGGGUGCUGGCCUAGAUGGACCCCCAUUGGCCUGAUCCAGCAGACUGUUGCAUUCUGAAGCCAAAGGAAAGGACUGGACCCUGAUAAAACAAAACACGAGGCUUGGCCGGCAAGACUCUGGGAGGAAGUGUGUAUCGCCACUCCCUCGUCCAGGCCGCUUUAUUAACAAAAGAACCCUUUACACAGUGUUCGUAAGAACCAAUCAGAUUUCCUCUGAGCAUUUCAAAAACCCCGCGUUGGGACAAAGUUAAAACUACAAAGAGCUAAUCUGAACAUGCACACAUUCUGGGGUAAAUAAAACAGGACUAAAAAGGAGGAAUGCAUUCAGCAACCCCGGAGGUCAUAAACAAGCAGUAAAUAUGAGAGGAAGGAUGGCAAGGAAAGAUUAGGCAUCUUUAUCACCUCCUAUGUGAAACUCUAUUUCUUGGCCCUAAGACUAACAAAACCAAGGAAAGGUGCAUCAAAGCUAUCUACUCUCUUUAUGGCCCAGGAUGCCCGGAGAAGCAACCGGUCUGUGUUUUAGAAUGCUUAUAUGUGCCUGUCAGGCGUAGAGAAAAUGGGCAGUAGAAAAAAUGGGCAGAGAUGCUGAGGCUUGUGGGAUUUGAUCAGAAAUUAUUGUCAAUGACUCCAGCCCAGUCAAGUAAUGCUUUCAUUGCGGACACAAUGGCUUGCUCCAUAUUUUCAUAAUUCCUCAUAGCAAUCCCAUGUGACCAUCACAGCAGGCUCACAUUAUGUUCUUAUGAAGGGAAGGUGGGGACUGCUGACUCCUCCUCUCGGCUCUCUGCUGGCAGAUAUCUGCGUGCUGCCCCGGGAUUCGGGUCCGUGUCUCGAUUACUCCCGCAUGUACCACUACUCUCCGUCAAAGGAGACCUGCUUGCCCUUUCCCUACGGAGGCUGCCAGGGAAACGCCAACCGGUUUGCUACCAUGGAGGAAUGCCUGGACACCUGCGGGAGCAAAGGUGGGCAGACUUGGGGGUCAUUUCCCUACCUUCUAGCCCCAUACCUUCUUAUGGGGCAACUUCUGUCUUACUGGGUUGAUUUUUACUGGUGCAACACUGUUCACUUUUAAAUGAGCAAUAUGUCUAAGACCAUAAAACUCCUAUCACAUUAUGAAUGCUCAAAAUAAACAGAUGUCACAGUGGUGCAAAUACUUACCAGUGCUUUAGGGUCUUUCUUGGCUUAAUACAUUACUAAUUGCAUUCACACCCUUCCCUUGAAGAAAAAGGAACUCAAGUUUCUCCCCCUUCCUCAUUCAAUCCCAACAACAACCUUCUGGGGCAGGGCAGGCUGAGAGGCAGUGAGUGGCCCAAGGUCACCCAGUGAAUGAAUGAAUUUUAUUAUUACGGUCACAGACCAGUUCCAGGUCACUUACAAUAUCAGGAAAAUCAUAAAACACAACAGGGAUACAUUGAAUUGCAGUUGAGUACAACAGAGACAAUUCAGAUGUAGCGGCAAUUAAGAUAUACUGAAUUUUUUGCUCUAUAAGACUCACUUUCUCCCUCCUAAAGGUAAGGGGAAAUGUGUGUGCGUCUUAUGGAGCGAAUGCAGGCUGCACAGCUAUCCCAGAAGCCAGAACAGCAAGAGGGAUCGCUGCUUUCACUGCGCAGCGAUCCCUCUUGUUGUUCUGGCUUCUGAGAUUCAGAAUAUUUUUUCUUGUUUUCCUCCUCCAAAAACUAGGUGCGUCUUGUGGUCCGGGGUGUGUGUGUGUGUAUAAUAAAUCUUGAUCACUAAAAUAUAACCCAAAAUUAUCAUUUAAAACCUUAAUCAUUUUGGUAGUACAGCUUGUUCCCUACGUUUUAUGGCAGUCACACAGAAUUUGGCCACCCUGAGCGUAAUCUCCAGAUCCUUGUCCUCUACCAGGAGUUUUAGACAUUGAAGUUCAGACCCAUUUGGAGAUUUUUGUUUAACAGUGAGCUUCAUGGCUGAGUGGGGAUUUGAGCGCUGGUGUCUCCCAGGUCCUAGUCUAACCACUUUAACCACUGUGCCACACUGUCUCUCUCUAGCUGUAAAUACUCCCUGUUGUUUGGUGGUUCUUUUAACUUCAUUGGGGGCAACCGAAAAGCCCCUCUCUUUCCAAGUGGUAUAGAAAUGCCAGCUUGCCAAAUUUGUUGAGUCAGUGGGGGACCAGAGAUUCUGGCUCCAGAGUGCGCCACACAUUCCAGGCACACUCACUUCUGCAAUGUGCAGGAUUUGGCUUUUGGCACCAGUUCAUUUCUGUGGGGAUGUCUGAGAGUCCCUCUGUUUUGUCCCCCCUCUAUGUUCUGCACCCACAGAUAUCUGCAAGCUCCCUGUGGAUUCUGGCCCCUGCUUGGCCCUCUUCCCCAAAUUCUAUUACAACCCACAAAACAAGACUUGCGAGAUGUUUAUUUAUGGAGGCUGCGGAGGGAACGACAACCAGUUUGAGACCCAGAUGGAAUGCAUUUGGAGAUGCCGCAACCCAGGUCAGACCAAGGAAGGGGAGCAGAGGAGAUGGGUGGGGUAUAAAUAAUAUAUUAUUAUUAUUAUUAUUAUUAUUAUUAUUAUUAUUAUUAUUGACAAAGGGGGGAGCAUUGUGCAGAGGACAGGUGGUCAUCGGUCAGGGCCUCUUUAGCUGUGAGUCCUGCAUUGCAGGGGGGGUUGGACUAGAUGACCCUCGGAGGUCCCUUACAACUCUACAGCUCUGAGAUCCUAUGAUCCUAUGACAUUUGCUGGUGAUACAAGCUGCAUCAAUGCACAGCCAACCUCCUGGGGCAGCCCUGGAAAUCUGCAGUCCUUGCCCAGAAUCCGCAACCCACUUAGCGUUUCACAAAAGGAAAUAUUUUGGUUUCCUACUUUAAAUGCGCUCGGGGCAGACCACCUUAUCAUUGCCGCUAUUAUUUCUGCUUUUGUUGCUUUUACUUUAAUUUCUUAAGUCCUUCUCAUUAUAAGGUCUCAGGUCUGGGUUACAGCAAGAGCAGAUAACAGUACUAAAAUCUGUUAAAAUGAUUUAAAAGCAGAAGAAUAGAGUGGGGUUGGUGGCGCCACCAGUGUGAGACUGAGCACCCUAGGAACAUGAGAAGAGGCCUUCGGGAUCAGGCCAGGGGCUCCUCUUUUCUUUUCUUUUUUAAUGCUUUUUAUUGGUUUUUCAUUUAAUACCAACAAACAAAGUAUAAUGAUAUUCAACAGUCAUUUACCCACAUUCUUUCCCAACACUCUGCCAAGCACUGACUUCCCUCCUUCCCUUCAACAUUUUCUUGCUUCAGUCACCUUUCCACAGUUUCUUACUUAUUAUAUCCAGUCCAAUCUACGUCGUAAGAUUUGUUUCGGUCCUGCCAGUCCAUAAAUUUACUCCAAUCUCUUUGGAAUUUUGUUUCCUCCUUUUGGGUCUUGCAGGUCAGUUUUGCUAGUUCCGCAUAAUCCGCCAUCUUCGUCUGCCACUGCUCAGGCCAGUGGCUCAUCCAGUCCAGGCUGGGCAGCCAGGUGCCUCCUUUGGGAAACCUGCAAGCAGGACCCAGAUGCAAGAGCCCCCCCCCUCUCUCUCUCUCUCUCUCUCUCUCUCGGUGGUUUCCAGCAACUGGUCUUCAGAAGCAUUUCUGUCCCCAGCUGCGGAAGCAGAUUGUAGCCACUGCGGCUAGUAGCUUUUGACAGUCCUCUCCUCCUCCAUGAUUUGGCCCAAUCCUGUUUUAAAGCCAGCCAAGUUGGUGGCCAUCAUCCCCCCCCCAUAGAAGCAUAUUUUAUAUAAACUAAACCACUCAGUAUUCCAUUAUUAAAUCCAUCAAAACUUAUUUACACUGCUGAAUUUAUCUUUAUGCUGACCACGUUUUCAAAUAAACACAAUAUUCCUCCACAUACUCAAUAAGCAUUUUCCAGUCUUCUUUAAACAUGUGUUCUUCUUGUUCUCUUAUUCUAUAUGUUAGGUCCGCAAGCUGGGCAUAUUUCAACUGUUUCAGUUGCAUUCUUCUUUAGUCAGGUAAAGGUAAAGGGACCCCUGACCGUAAGGUCCAGUCGUGACCGACUCUGGGGUUGCGGCGCUCAUCUUGCUUUAUUGGCCGAGGGAGCCGGAGUACAGCUUCCGGGUCAUGUGGCCAGCAUGACUAAGCCGCUUCUGGCGAACCAGAGCAGCGCACGGAAACGCCGUUUACCUUCCCACUGGAGCAGUACCUAUUUAUCUACUUGCACUUUGACGUGCUUCUGAACUGCUAGGUUGGCAGGAGCUGGGACCGAGCAACGGGAGCUCACCCCGUGGCGGGGAUUCGAACCACCAACCUUCUGAUCAGCAAGCCCGAGGCUCUGUGGUUUAGAUCACAGCGAUACUGGCGUCCUUUCUUUAGUCGGGACUUUGCUCAAUUUCCAUUUGGGGGCUAACAAAAUGCGGGCCAUAGUAAGGGCAUACAUAAAUAACCUUUUCUGACACCUGGGAAUUUCAGUCUGAAUUAUCCCCAACAAAAAGGACUCUGGUUUUUUUGGAAAAGUACUUUUAAACAUUUUUUUUCCGUUCAUUAUGAAUUAUUUCCCAGUACUCUUGCCCAAGCAACUUCAACCCUCCUGCCUGACCCUCUCACAUCCUUCCAGAUAUCUGCAAGCUGCCGAAGGAGACAGGCCCCUGCAAGGCAGCCAUGCCCAGGUACUAUUACAACCCCGCCACUAAAACCUGCGAAGUGUUCGUUUAUGGAGGCUGUGAGGGCAAUGAGAACCGGUUUGAAUCUCUCUCGGAAUGUGAGCACGCCUGCAAGAAGCCGGGUAAUGAUAAUAAUGAUUUUAAUAUUUACAUGCCGCCCACCCGACAGGUGGGCAAAAGAGUCCCUUGGCCCAAGAUUCUUGUCGUGGGUUCAUUGCGUGGCAAGUUCCACCACCCCCCCUGCCCAGGAAAUAAAGACACAUGACACAAUUAUUAAGGUUAAUGGGCUAAAUAAGGCCACAACGUUAUUGGUUACAGGUGAUGAGCAGUAUUGGCUUAGGCAUUGGUCCUAACUCACUAUAUCCGGCUUCAGACCGGCUUCUCAAAGUCCGGGAAGGGUUAACCACCAGUAGGGGAGUCCUGCUGAUGCACAUCAACUAGGAACGCCCCUGGGGUCACCGUUAGGGGGCGUGCCUUAGGCCCUCACCUCCCCAGGCUUCGGACAGGGCCACACCCCCCAGAAUCCUUUACUGGACUACCCUUCAAUAUGUGGGGCAGGUGAUGGCGCUUCCUCCCCUCUUCCAUCUACAGAGCAAUACCAAUGCCUAACCGCCAAUACCCAGAAAGUUGUGACGAUUUUCUACGAGGGAGGCGAAAACCAAGGGGCUGGUGCCAAUUUGCCAAGUGGGAAAAUUCCUACCAGGCACCUCAACCAAGUCCAUAGCAAGGUCAGGGAACGAGAACCUUAAAGAGCGGGAGGGUGGGAAACAGGAACAGCUGGAGGCGGCAAAAGUGGGAGAUCCCCGGCAAUAGGGCAGGCCAUGCCCCCCCGAGCCAGCUGAUUGGCCGUCUAGGGGAUAACACGGCCGGGGAUUCCCUCAAUCAUGCGGAGGCUGAGUGCCAGCCACCGGAGGCUAGUGGGAGCGUGAAGCCCGCAACCCCACCUCCUUUUGUUGGAGGAAGUGGCUUUAUCAGAUAUUGUCCCCUGAAAUAACCUGCUUCCACUCUAACCGGGCAAAAGCCAAAGCCAAGGAACAGUGGCAGAGCAUUGGGCCCAGGUGAGAUCCAUGCUGGCAUCCCCAGGUAAGACUGCGAGAGAUGCCUGCCUGAAAUCCUAGAGAAACAAUUCUGCCAGUCAGUGUAGACAACACUGAAGUAGAUGGACCAAUGGCUUGGCAGCUUCCUCUGUUCCUAGAGCAAAAGGGUCACUUUGCUCACUAAACCCAUGUUUAGAUUUACUUAUUUUAUUAGCGUUUGUGAUUGCUCUCUUGUUCCGUUUAUGGUUUCUAUUGUCAUUACAAUUUCAAACUGUUUAUUUAUUUUUAACACUUUUCCGUAUUUGAAGAUUGCACAAAAAUACAAAAAGCCAUGAACAUGCAUACCAAAAACUGACAAACAAAAAGAAAAAAGGAAAAGAAAACCUCUAUACUAUACAUAAAUGAAAACCAAAACCAUCAGAUUUUAAAUUGUUUAAUCCUGCCUCGUAUGCAGCUGCAAGACACCCCCCCCCCCACAGCAAGCUAUUAAGUGGCCUUAAGGGUUUGCCCCACGUAGACACAGCCCACCCGAAGGCUGGGAGGUGGGUGAACUUGCUCCAUUCUCUAUAGGGGAAGCUGAAGGCUAAGGCUAUUCUUGGGGUGGGGGCAGGGAUUCCUACAAGGACAGCGGCAAACUGGGGAGCAGCAGCUGCCCCACACAUUGUGGCCUUGGCUAAUCUUCCCACCUUGUGCCCAAAGGUCACCCACCCACCUCCCAGGGCAAGAACGAAUGUUCGGCUGAGCAGCUCCUAGGAUACAAGCAUACAUACAUAUUUUUAUUUGUAUGCCACUAUUGCACAGUUCAAGCCAUGUUCAAGGCGGCUUGCAACAUGAAAAAAUACAUAAUUGGCAACAUAAGAAAAGUACAGUGGUACCUCUGGAUGUGAACGGGAUCCGUUCUGGAGCCCCGUUCACAUCCUGAGCAGAACGCAACUUGUGUCUGUGCAUGCGCGGGUCGCGAUUCACCGCUUCUGUGCAAGCACGUGAUGUCAUUUUGAGUGUCUGCGCAUGCGCAGGCGGCGAAACCCGGAAGUAACCUGUUCUGUUACUUCUGUGUCACCAUGGAAUGCAACCUGAAAACGCUCAACCUGAAGCGACUUUAACCCGAGGUAUGACUGUAGUUCUAAAGUGUGGGAUGUGAAACACAAAGCAGUCAAAUACAACAUCCCUAGAGUGGACAUAAAAAGAGGGUGUCUGGACCAGCCAGUCAGAACUUCCUGUUUCCUCCUGAGCUGGGACAGACUUCCUCUGCAUGUGACUAGGGGUGGGUGUGGCCUCACCUGUGCAGGUAACAAAAUACCUCAGCGGAAGCCGCCAUCUCUCUCUCUUUCACUGAUUCCAUUCGUCGAAGAAGCAACAUUUGCUUAGCCUAAGAUGCCCAGCCAAGAGAGGACAAAGGUACUGUCUCCUUAUGGAAUAGUUUCCAGGUGUAUAUUACUUUUGUAACUUAAGUCUGCCUUCUGGGAUCCAUCUGUGAAAAGAAUGAGUGAGUGAGUGAGUAAACUUUUUAUACUUUUAUAGAAGACUGUGUCGUGUCUAUUCUUUUCAUGAGGGAAUAAAAGGGGAAUUACCAGGUAACUUAUUUUAGAGGCUUAUGCAAGCCUGGCAUAAACGCUAUCCGCUGCACAAGUUUAAAAAAGGGGAAUGUUACUCUGCUAAAUUAUAGAACUUGUUAACACAAGUUGGAAAGGAUAUACAGUCAUACCUCGUGUUACAUCCGCUUCAUCUUACGUUUUUUCAGGUUGCAUCCUGCGGCGACACGGAAGUACUGGAAACGGUUACUUCCGGGUUUUGCUGCUCGCGCAUGCGCAGAAGCGCAAAAUUACAUCAUGCGUAGAAGCGGCGAGUCACAACCUGCGUGUGCGCAGACGCGUCGCUGCGGGUUGCGUUCCUUUCAUGUUGCGAACGGGCCUCUGGAACGGAUCCCGUUCGCAACCAGAGGUACCACUGUAAUUAAACAAUAUAUCCUCUCCUGCCUCCCUGAACAUUCCCACAUAAAUAACAAAUAAAGCAUUAAAAAAUACACAAGCAAAGUGAACAAUUUCCACAUAAAUCACAACAAGGUCUCAAAUAAAGAUGCAAAAAAAUAAAUAAAUAGCAGCAAACCCCCCCCCCCCAAGCCUGCAACAAAAAACCCCAAACAACACCUCAGCCCGAGAGUCUGUUCAGCAGCCCUAGCUUUUGCAGCUGGAGUCAGUCCGGGCCCUCCCAGGCCAGUUGGGGAAAGCCUGCAAGGCGGGAGCAAGUUUUCCCAGGAUUCCCAGCCAGGAUGCUCUUGACGUGCCUUUUUUCCUGCCUACAAGUCCCAGCUCCAUUUCUCCCUCCCAUCUCUCUUUGUUCUGUGGCUCCAGAUAUCUGCCGGCUGCCCAGCAAUCCCGGAGAGGGGGACCACUCCAUCCACCUGUUUCACUACAGCCGCCUUGGAGCAGGCUGCUACCCGUUCACCUACAGAGGCCACAAGGGCAACGCCAACCGGUUUGCAACGCUGGUGGAAUGUGAGGAGACCUGCAGGGACCCAGGUAAGCACUUGGUCCUUGCCGCAGGAUCACAUUCAUCCAGUGCUUUACCAACUGCACUGGCUCCCGGUGGAGUACAGGGUCAGGUUGAAGGUGCUGGUUUUAACCUUUAAAGCCCUAUGCGGCCUAGGACCCAUGUACCUACGGGACCACCUCUCCUGGUAUGCCCCGCGGAGGACCUUAAGUUCCACAAAUGACAGCACCUUGGAGGUCCCAAGUCGCAAGGUGGUUAGAUUGGUCUCAACUAGGGCCAGGGCCUUUUCAGUACUGGCCCCGAUGUGGUGGAACGUUCUGUCCCAAGAGACUAGGGCCCUGCCGGACUUGACAUCUUACCGCAGGGCCUGCAAGACAGAGCUGUUCCACCUGGCCUUUGGUUUGGACUGAGUCUGACCCUUAUGUUUCCCUCCCCGUAUGGUCUUGAUCUAUGGGCUACUUUGAAAAUGAGACUGCAUUUUAAAUUGCAUUUUAAACUGUAUUUUCAAUUGGGGUUUUUUUCCUAUUAUGUUUUUACUGUAAUUUUACUGGUGUUAGCUGCCCUGAGCGCGGCUCUAUCCAGGGAGGAUGGGGUAUAAAUAAAAAUUAUUAUUAUUAUUAUUAUUAUUAUUAUUAUUAUUAUUAUUUGGGCUCCCUCUCUCUCUCUCUCUGCAGGACAUGGGGAAAGGGUGUCCCAACCCCUAGGGGCAGAGAGAAGAGGCUUCAUGGAAAGAAAAGUCGGGGUACAGUGAUUAGGAAACUAGGGUGGGGGCAGACCCUGUGGGGAUAUGCUCUCUUGCCAUCGCCGGUGGCCUCCUGUUUCUUCCUCCUGCCUCUACCUCGAGUCAGAAAUACAGCACAUGACAUUAGAUUUUGCGGGCCUCCAGUGAAGCUGAAUGUUAGGAGAUUCGGGACAGAGAAAAGAAAGUCCUUCGUCACACAGCACAGAGUUAGACAGUGGAACUCCCUCCCACUGGAGGCAGGGAUGGCCACCAAGGUGGACGGUUUUAAAAGAGGAUUGGACAGUCACAGUGGAGAGGGCUAGGGCAUCUAGUUGGCCAAAUGGGCGGGACCAAAUGGGCCUGAUCCAGCAGGCUGCUCUUAAGUUCUAAUAAUAAUAAUAAUUUAUUAUUUAUACCCUGCCCAUCUGGCAGGGCUUCCCCAGCCACUCUGGGCGGCUUCCAACAAAAUAUUAAAAUAAAAUAUUCUGUUAAACAUUAAAAGCUUCCCUAAAGAGGGCUGCCUUCAGAUGUCUUCUAAAAGUCUGGUAGUUGUUUUUCUCUUUGACAUCUGGUGGGAGGGCGUUCCACAGGGCGGGCGCCGCCACCGAGAAGGCCCUCUGCCUGGUUCCUGUAACUUGGCUUCUCACAGGGAGGGAACCGCCAGAAGGCCCUCAGAGCUGGACCUCAGUGUCCGGGCAGAAGGAUGGGGGUGGAGACGCUCCUUCAUGUAUACUGGGCCUUUGAGGCCGUUUAGGGCUUUCAAGGUCAGCACCAACACUUAUGCAGUGCGUAGGGGCGAAACUAGGCUUUAUUUCAUCCCAGAACCUGCAAACUGAUUUGUGCAUAUCCAACAGUGUUCCCCCCCCCCAGACCCCACCCCUUUCAUUCUUUCUCGCAGCUCAAAACACAAGGCCCCUUCUGCUUUCUGGCUGCAGAUAUCUGCCAGCUUCCCCAGAAGCCAGGUCCCUGCAACACCUACGUCCAAAGGUUCUACUUCAACUCCACCAGCAGAGAGUGCACCCCUUUUGACUAUGGCAACUGCAGGGGAAACCUGAAUAACUUCCCCACCGAAGAGGAAUGCCAGCUGGCCUGCAAGGGCCCAGGUGGGUCUCUGGGCAGAUGCCGGGAGGGCGACUGAGGCUGCUCUCUGUCUCCACAGUGGAUGGCUGACACCUGAGAUGUAUCUUUCAGGACCCACCCUAUUUUUUGCCGUUAUAUUUUCUUUUAGUAAUUGAAAGCUUUAAUGUGCAAUUUUAAAUUGUCGCAACCCAGCCUGGGACCUUAGGGUGGGUGGCAAUAAAUUAAAAUGUCGUCGUCAUCUGGUUCCACGCAUUUGGUGAGGACGCGGUUGAUCAAAAAGGCCUUUUGGGUUGUCGUUUUUUGAGAACGUAGGAGAAUACUUUGCAAUGAAUCAGACCGUUCAUUCUUCUGGGUCUUAGACAGGGAGCCUCUCCUUGCCCUACUGGAGAUGCCAUUGGAAUUUGAACCCAGGGCACUUGGCAUGCAAGGCAAGUGCUCUAUCACUGAGCUAUGGCCUUUCUCCCCCUGUGCUGGAAUUAUUACUCAAUCUGAGGACUGGCUUUAUGCCUUUGAAAUAUCAUUUUUGAGGAGUGUCGUGUCAGCCCCCUUGAGUUCCUUGGGACGCAGCUUUUGAAAACCAAAAUGCUUCGUUGGCUCCAUCCCCUCCAUGACCCAAGACGUCGCAGACACCUGGCUGAUCUCUUGCAGAGAAGCCCGGCUUCUGCCCCCCUCCGGACCCUGCCGAUUGCCUGAUGACUUGCCAGAAGGACUGUGACUGCCCAGGGGGCAAGAAGUGUUGCGGCAACCAGUGUGGUCAAGUGUGCAAGGAGCCCGUGAAAGGUGAGAGGCUGCGGGGUCAGGGUGGUGCUGCGGGGCUCCUGGCAAGCCCUUGGGGGGGUGACUCAGCCAGCUCCAUGGCACACAAAGGGUGUGUGUGUGUGUGUGUUAGGGAAAUGACAGAGUUUGAGCUGCCUGGGUUAGACUCAAGAGACGGUUGUCAAGCAAGGUGCAUCUUGAUUCAAGGACCGCAAUGUGCUCUGACUUACACCAAGAGCUAAAACACACUCCUCUUUCUACUAAGCAUACAUUGUGAUGUUGCAUUCUGAAGGCAAAGGAAGGACUAAAGGUAAAGGUAAAGGGAACCCUGACCAUUAGGUCCAGUCGUGGCUGACUCUGGGUUUGCGGCGCUCAUCUCGCUUUACUGGCCGAGGGAGCUGGCGUACAGCUUCCGGGUCAUGUGGCCAGCAGGACUAAGCCGCUUCUGGCGAACCAGAGCAGCGCACAGAAACGCCGUUUACCUUCCCGCCAGAGCGGUACCUAUUUAUCUACUUGCACUUUGAUGUGCUUUUGAACUGCUAGGUGGGCAGGAGCUGGGACCGAGCAACGGGAGCUCACCCCGUCGCAGGGAUUCAAACUGCCGACCUUCUGAUCGGCAAGUCCUAGGCUCUGUGGUUUAAACCACAGCGCCACCCACAUCCCUGGACCCUGAUUAAUUAGGAAGAAAGGACUGGACCCUGAUUAAGACAAUAGACACGAGGCUUGACCAGCAAGACCCUGGGAGAAAGUGUGCAUCCCACUCCCUGGCCCAGGCAGUUUUUAUUAAGGAAAGAACUUUAACACAGCAUUUGUAAGAACCAAUCAGAUUUCCUCUGAGCAUUUAAAAAAUCCCCAUGUGGGGACAAAGUCAGAUCAGAGGAAGCCUCUUAACCACAAAGAACUAUUUACUAUCUGCGCAUGCAUACAUGUUCAGGCUAAAUAAACAGGAACCAAGGAGGAAUGCAUUUAGCAAACCCUGGAGGUAAGGAAAGGAAAGACAGGCAUUUUACCACCUCAGUGUGAACCCUGUUCCUGGCCCUAAGAUCUACCUAAAGAUUAACAAAAGUUACAUCAAAUCUCCCUCCUUCAAAGCUAUCUCCUUAUUUUUAUGUACCCAGGAGGCCUGGUAAGCAACUGGUCUGUGUAGAAUGCUUUAUACGUGACGGUCAGGCAUAGAGAAAAUGGGGCAGAGAUUCAGAGGCUUGUGGGAUCAAUCAGAAAUCAUGUCAGUGACCCAAACCCAGUCAAAGCGAUGCUUUCACCGCUGACACAAUUGCUUGCUUCAUUUUUCAUAAUUCCUCAUAGCAAUCCUACAUGACCACUACAUUGUGACAUAGCAAUAGCAGGAAUUUUCAACUCCCACAAUAGCAAGGUCACAAAAAGGGGGGAUCUUGUGCUCUUUGCUCCCCCUUCUUGUUCCUUUUGAGAACAUCUCUGGAACAAGGUCUGGCCUAGCUCCAGGCACCCACCUGAAAUGGUCCCAGAAGCCCUCCCAAAUCUUUCUUAGAGCUGCUGGGUAAAGCUCUUUGACACGCCGAGGAGAAGACUGUGUCCUUGCUGCUAUCACCUUGCAGAGUCAGCGUUCCCAGGACUGGGCUAAGGUGGAAGAGGAGCAGAGAGGAGGCUGAGAUCCAGCCCUGGUGCUGAAUGCUGGGGUUGACCUGGCAUGCUGGCUUCAGGCCCUGGGGUGGACCUUCUCCUUUCCUAAAGGUCCUAAUGACACUGGGCUUGUCCUCUCUGUGAGAAUGUUCAGGGAUGCAGGAUAGGAUAUAUUGUUUGAUUAUAUCCUUUUCCAACUUGUGUUAACAAGCUCACAAUUUAGCAGAGUAACAUUCCCCCUUUUAAACUCACAGCAGAUGCAUUUGCUCAGGCUCGCUAAAGCCUCUAUAACAACUGUUCUGGUAUUUUCCCCUUAUUCCCUCAUAAAAGAUAAAACACAACACAGUCUUCUAUUAAAGUAUAAAAAGGUUUACUCACACAUCAUUCUGUUCACAAUAGGCUCCCAGAAGGCAGACUUAGCUUAGAAAAGUAACAUACACCUGGAAACUAUCUCAUAAGGAGACAGUCCCUCUGCAUCUUUGGCUAAGCAGAGGUUGCUUCUUCGAUGCAUGUAGUCAAAAAGAGAGAGAUGGCAGCCCUGCCCUGUGCUUUUGUCGUUACCUGCACAGGUGAGGCCACGCCCACCUCUAGUCACAUGCAGAGGAAGUCUGUCCCAGCCCAGGAGGAAACAGGAAAUUUACCUGCUGGCUGGACAAACAUUCCUCCCCAUGUGUAAACAUGUUCACUCUAGGAAUGUUGUACUUGACUGCUCUUGUGUUUCACAUCCCACACUCCCUUGCAGCCAAGUCUGGAGAGUGCCCACCUGUUCCUCCUGGUUCUGCUUGUGUGGCUCCCAAGAGCCUCUGCCAGCAUGAUGGUGACUGCCCUGGCGCAGAGAAGUGCUGCAGUGAUGGGUGUGGCCUCCUAUGCACAAAGCCCAUCCUUUAGAGGUGAGGCACCUGGCUGUGUUCCUCCAAGCCACUCCUUGCUGCCCCCACAUCAUCCACACCCUGGUACCCUGGCAGCCUCUGGGGGCAUCAAGCUGACUCUCCUUCCCUCUAGACUCACUCUGCGGGGGGGGGGCUGCCACUGCCAGGUGUGCCCCCACUGCCUUUGUGGGAAUCCUUGCGAAAGAGGCCACGGCUGCAAAGGAAAGCCAGGUGCAAGAUUUCGGUGUGACAAAUUAGUGUGAUUGCUUCAUUGCAGGGGUUUGGGCCAGAGGGCUCUUUAGGGUCCCUUGCCAUUCCAUGGUUCUGUGAAACGACUGCACACCCCCUUUGCAGGAAUUGGGAAAGAAGUUUCCACUGGAAGAACAAGCCACAGUCCCACAGGUUAAAGCAGCCUUUUUUCAAACUUAACCUCCAAGAGGCAUUGGAAACGCACACAAAAAGAGGAGGUCGUUGCAUCAGAUGUGCAAGCACUCUCAAGCUCCAUUCACACACACUUAUUCAUCACUGCAGCAUUGAGGGGUGAGAUGCACGUACGAAACACCCACCCCAGAGGCAGGUCUGCUCCUACCUGAAGCUUAGCCACAGAUUCAGCUACAAGUUGCCAAGCAUGGGCAAUGGAGGGGCAUCAGGUCAAAGGAUGCUUCCUUCCAGCAUGAGCCAACAAGCCUCAGGAUUAUGGGAAUGUUCAGGGAUGCAGGAGAGGAUAUAUUGUCUGAUAAUAGCCUUUCCAACUUGUGUUAACAAGUUCACAAUUAAGCAGAGUAACAUUCCCCUUUUUAAACUUGCAGUGGAUACGUUUGCUCAGGCUCGCUAAAGCCUCUAUAAUAACUGUUCUGGUAUUUUCCCCUUAUUCCCUCAUAAAAGAUAAGACAUGACACAGUCUUCUAUAAAAGUAUAAAAAGGCUUACUCACACAUCAUUCUGUUCACAAUAGGAUCCCAGAAGGCAGACUUAGCUUAGAAAAGUAACAUAUACCUGGAAACUAUCUCAUAAGAAGACAGUCCCUUUGUCCUCUCUUGGCUGGGGGGUCAAAAAGAGAAAGGUGGCCGUGUGACUUCGCCUUUUACCAGGUCUGGAAAGGUCACGCCCACCUGCUAGUCACAUGCAAGAGGAAGGAUGCUCCAGGCCAGGAGGAACAGGAAGUUCUGACUGGCUGGACCAAACAUUCCCUUGCAUGUCCACUCUAGCAAAACGAGGAAUGUUGUACUUGACUGCUCCCAGUGGAUUACAUCCCACAUCUCUCAGGGGUAAAUUACAGUUCCUGGCAUUCUUUGGGAGAAUCUGUGACUAACUGAAGUGCUACAAAAGUGUUUUCGGUCUGUUGCGUGGACGAGACCACACUUUCACAUACAGUGGGAAAAUCUGGGCAGCCAAGGAGGUUGUGUCCCCUUUGGUCAGCAGGUGGCAGCCUUGAGCUAUGUUUCAGAUGCUCCGCCAUACAGGUGUCUUCCUAGCAGGUGAGAGGCAGCUUUUGCAUUCAAUGCUAUGCAGACAGGCCACCCAGUGAACACACCUGUGUGCGCACAUGCACAUGCCCACUGGGGUAUGCUCACUGCCUCCUCCUGACCCUCUAUGCAUAAUACUGGAAGCCAGUGGGGUCACGCAGCAAAGCUGGAGAGCGGCAGAUUCAGGAAAGGGAACAGGAAGGACAUCUUCACAUGUUGCAUGUAGUUAAUAUGCUACUACCAGGUGUAAUGAUGACCACCAAGUUGGGUGGAUUUUAACGACAGUUAGACAAUCAAAGGCUACUCCAAGCCAUAUUUUGGUGUUGUUGUUGUUGUUUUUAAGAAAUGGGUGGGGAGGAGAGACCAUCAGGGUCUCAGGUGCCACAUCUUGCCUGUCCCCAAAACAUAGCUGUCAACCUUCCCUUUUUUUGUGGGAAAUUCCCUUAUUCCAGUGCCGUUUCCCGCUGCUAACCCGGAUUGUUAGAUAUCCUGUAGACUGUCCCCAGGACAGGUGAGGCUGCUGGUCCCUUAUUUUCGAGGCUGCUGAUCCCUUAUUUUCAAAUCUGAAAGUUGACAUUUAUGCCCCAAAAGCCCCUUCUGUGACAAGGACGCCACAUCAGCUGGCAGAGCAUCACUUGCAGAGUUCAAGAUCCCCUGGUCUCUGGCCACUUCUGCCUGAGUCCACUAGAGGGCAGCAGUGCCACACACAUACAUACCUUGGUUAUUGCAGGUGGAGCUGCCUUUGGAUCCCUUCAGCAUUGUCACGACAGGAAGGAAUUCCACCAAUGCAGCUUUACCUGGCAUGGGGAUUUGGUGUGGGGAAUGUUGCACCGAUUCAACCAGCCUGAAACUCUGCUUUGCAAUGCAGCCUUAUUGAAGGGGCUAGGCAUCUUCCAUCCUUUUCUCCCCUGACCAUCCGCCUAGACCCAGCUCCUUACAAACCCAGAGCAUGGGUGUCUUCAGUUUAGGCCCUCAGGCUCAGCCUAGAAAUCAGGUGGAUCUUUGCAAGCCCAGGAGCAGCCCCCUAACCCAUACUCUCUCCCCCGCCUGCCAAAUUCUCUGCCUUUUAGAAGGGGAUAUUUGGGGCAGAGGCAAAAUUCCUUCACUUCGCUUCUGGGCAACCUGGCAAGCUGGGCUGGUGGAAAUAGCACCAAAGGCCAUGGAGCACUCCUGCAAAACUUACAUGGGAGGCAGCUGCCUUAUACAGAGUCAGACCUUUGGGCUGUCUAGGUCUCUACUGUCAACACUGACUGGCAGCGACUUCCCAGGGUUUCAGGCAUCAGCUGCUGCCAACUCUACCAAUGGGGGCUGGACCCAUGGCCCUUGCCUCUUUAGCAACUGGUGGCCUGGACUCUCUCCUGCCUCCUUCACCUCCAUCUGGAGGUGGUGUUUCUGGUGCCUCUUAAGACUCCACAGCACAGCCAUCCCACCCGUCUCCAUCCGCUGCCAAACUCAGCACAAAAGCCUCUGCCGCUAAGUGGUGGGUCAGAAUCAGUGCAGGCAGACACACCCAGGGGCCACCUGCAGACCCUGAAGGACCAGGUGCGCAGCCUGGGAGUCAGUUUGGACUCACAGCUGUCCAUGGAGGUGUAGGUCAAUUCUGUGUCCAGGGCAGCUGCCAACCAGCUCCAUCUGGUACGCAGGAUGAGACCCUCCCUGCCUGCAGACUGUCUGGCCAGAGUGGUGCAUGCUCUAGUUAUCUCCCGCUUGGACUACUGCAAUGCGCUCUACGUGGGGCUACCUUUGAAGGUGACCCGGAAACUACAACUAAUCCAGAAUGCAGCAGCUAGACUGGUGACUGGGAGCGGCCGCCAAGACCACAUAACACCGGUCUUGAAAGACCUACAUUGGCUCCCGGUGCAUUUCCGAGCACAAUUCAAAGUGUUGGUGCUGACCUUGAAAGCCCUAAACGGCCUCGGUCCAGUAUACCUGAAGGAGUGUCUCCACCCCCGUCAUUCUACCCGGACACUGAGGUCCAGCGCCAAGGGCCUUCUGGCGGUUCCCUCACUGCAAGAAGCCAAGUUACAGGGAAGCAGGCAGAGGGCCUUCUUGGUAGUGGCACCCGCCCUGUGGAACACCCUCCCACCAGAUGUCAAAGAGAACAACUACCAGACUUUUAGAAGACAUCUGAAGGCAUCCCUCUUUAGGGAAGCUUUUAAUGUUUAACAGACCAUUGUAUUUUAAUAUUCUGUUGGAAGCUGCCCAGAGUGGCUGGGGAAACCCAGGCAGAUGGGCGGGGUAUAAAUAAUAAAUUAUUAUUAUUAUUAUUACCCCUGUUACAGUAAGGUAACGGAUGCUCUGCCUGCCUGGAGGGGGGUAAUGGACCUGCCAGCCCCUUGCUCCUUCUGUGCAUCUAUAUUUAUCCGUGAUAGCUGGGCUACCAGAAACCAAGGAAUGGCCUCCGGCUGUGCCAGCCGCAUUAAAUGUGAAUCUGUAGCAAGGCCUCCCCCAGCAGGAAGCCCACCCACCCACCCCUAGUGCAAGCCAGGCCCCUCGCCACAACACAUGCCCCCUUGGCAGACGAUGGCAGCUUCCUCUGUGGAGGCACCAGGAGGGCAGGAAAGGGGCUGGGGCGAGUCUGUACAGAUGCCUCUCAGUGCAUUUUGAGCAAGAGGAGGAAGCCAUAGAAUCAUGGACUUGCAGAGUUGGAAGGGACCCAAAAGGUUGUGUAAUCUUCUAGGGCAGGGGUCAGCAAACCUUUUCAGCAGGGGGCCGGCCCACUGUCCCUCAGACGUUGUGGGGGGCCUGACUAUAUUUUGAAGGGGUGGGAAUGAACUAAUUCCUGUUGCCCCACAAAUAACACAGAGAUGCCUUUUAAAUAAAAGCACACAUUCUACUCCUGUAAGAACACCAGACAGACCCCAGAAAUAUAAUAAUAAUAAUAAUAAUAAUAAUAAUAAUAAAAAUAAUAAUAAAUUUCUACCCCGCCCAUCUGGCUGGGUUUCCCCAGCCACUCUGGGCGGCUUCCAACAAAAUAUUAAAAUACAGUAAUGCAUCAAACAUUAAAAGCUUCCCUAAACAGGGCUGCCUUCAGAAGUCUUCUAAAAGUCUGGUAGUUGUUGUUCUCUUUGACAUCUGGUGGGAGGGCGUUCCACAGGGCAGGUGCCACCACCCAGAAGGCCCUCUGCCUGGUUCCCUGUAACUUGGCUUCUCACAGCGAGGGAACCGCCAGAAGGCCCUCGGCGCUGGAUCUCAGUGUCUGGGCAGAACGAUGCACCCAGAGAUGCAUUUUAAAUAAAAGGGCACAUUCUACUCAUGUGAAACCGCGCUGAUUCCCAGACUGUCCAUGGGCCGGAUUGAGAAGGCGAUUGGGCUAGAUCCAGCCCCCGGGCCUUAGUUUGCCAACCCAUGUUCUAGGGCAGGGGUCAGCGAGGUUUACCUUGCCCGGGCCGCUUCACUCCCACAGAGAUCACUCCUUGGGCCAAAUCGCGUCUGCACAGAUGUGAUUUCCGGCAUCUGCGCAUGCACAGACGCGAUUUCCAGCACCGCGGAAGCGAGUACCUGCUCCAUGCUGCGCCGGUUUAGCGCAGCCCACGGGCACUCACCAAGCAGGCAGCUCGGUUCGGGGGAAGUUCAUGGGCCGUUUAAACGACCCCCAUGGGCUGCUUGUGGCCCACGGUCCACAGGUUGCCAACCCCUGCUCUGGGGGCUGAGGUCCCUUUGGUGCCGGUUGGCACUGGCAUAGGCUUCGCCACUGGGUGCCCCUGCUGCUUAUUCCUAAAAACUGUUCCCACAAUUCCUAAUGUCCAAUUUGGCCCUGGGCUAAAGACACCCACUCAAUCACUGCAAUCUCAUUAUUAUUUUUUACCACUUUAUUUUGGGUAAUAAACAAUUCAUUUAAAACAACAAAUAAAACAUGUACUUUUGAGAUUGAUGGUUCUUCCCCUCUUUCUCCUAGAUCUUGCCCAAUUGUUAUUAGUAAAAAUGUUCGGUGAGUGAUUAGUUGUGGGCUGUUGUUUGUAAAUGAAACAUGUUUAAUGCUAUCAAUUAGCUGGCUGCCAGUCAGCUACUGGGCUAAGUUCAAGGCGCUGGUUUUGCAGCACAAAGCCCUAUGCAUCUUGGGAUACCGCCCUCGCCUCCUCCUCGAAUUUGUCCAAUCCUCUUUGAAAGCUUUCCAGCUUGGUGGCUGCCACUGCCUCCUGUGGCAGGGAGUUCCAUAGUUUAACACUGCCCUGCAUUAAGAAGGACUUUCUUUUCUCUCUCGGGAAUCUUCCAACGUUCAGCUUCACUGGGUCUCCUUUUACAGGUAAUACUUAAUCUCUGCACCGCAUUUCUAAGAACUCGGAUCAUUUAGUGUGGCAGCACCGACACUUUGGAACUCCCUGCCUCUUGGUUAUCAGGCCGGCAUCUUCGCUGUAUUAUUUUCACCGCCUGCUGAAGACAUUUAGACAAGCCUGCCCAGAUGUUCAGAAAGUUUGCAUGAGUUGUACUUUGUUGCUGGUUUAUUCUUUUGUGGUUUUAACUUUUCGUAUGUUCUAAAUGAUACAUUAUUACCGAUGAUUUUAUUAUUUUACCUUUUUUUUGUUUGAGGUUUUUUCCUACAAUCAAGUGGUAUAUAAAUUUCAUUAAAUAAAUAAACCAAUACUGUCUACAAGCUCCAAUGUCCACCUGCACUGAUCAGGCACAUUUUCACGGUUCUCUCUUGGUCUGCAUAAUUUGUUUGGGUUUUCUUGGACAUAAGAUGUAAUAAUAAUUAUUAUUCUAUUAUUUAUGCCCUGCCUAUCUGGCUGGAUUUCCCCAGAAGGGGCAUAGCAACCAAAGACCCAUUAUAAUUAUUAUUAUUAUUAUUAUUAUUAUUAUUAUUAUUAAUUAUUAUUAUUAUACACACAAACAAACUUUAUUCAGACAUCCCUCUGGCUCCUAAGUUUUCCACAGUCCUUGCCCACACACUUCUAAGCAUACAUUUUCCUUCAUGAGGACUGGGAGCCUGUUCUGCUCUUAAAGCUGAGCUUCUCCAGAAUCUGGGCUCUCUCUGCCCAGUCACCUCCUGCGUCUUGUCAGCCCUUCUGCCACACCAGAGUGGGCACACGCAGCCCUGCCCGUGAUUGCCCCUUCUCCUCCAUACCAUCCAAGGGCUCUUGUUGCGGCUCUCUGCCCCUCCGACCAGGCAGGCAGGCAGGCAGGCAGCUGAAAAUGGGCUUUUUAUUACAGCCAUACAUCAAAGUGGCUGCCUGAUGCGGGAAGACGGUGGCGAUUUUUCUUCAUGGUUUACAGACAAAUGAGGGGAAGGAAAAUGGAUGCGAACUUUGCUCCAUCGUGAGGUCAGCAAGCAUGUGAAGAGGGACCUCGUUAUGGAUUAUCAGAGCAUUAACGAGGCAAGGCUGGGGAGCCAGGGAUGCAGCGGGGGGGGGGGGAGUUAAGCAGCACCCAGAGGAGGAGGUGGGCUUUGCGCGGGUGGAUUUCAUGAGCCCCUGCUGGAAACACAGCUGUAAAGGGGGAAGGGACCCCCAAAGGCCAUCUAGCCCAAUCACAGCUGCAGAACCCCUGGCCAGCCAACCUCUGAAGGACAGACAACCACCUUCCAUGGGACCAUGGGCGCAGCCAGGAUUUAUGUCGGGAUCGGGGGCAGGAAGGACACCCCCCGGUCAUCAUCCUCUGUCUGGCUCUGCCUAGCUAGCAGCUUCGGAACGAAACGCUUCAACAACAGUUGUUUUAAAUUACUUUCCUUUGAUCCCAAGUGCUCAGAAAAUUACCUGUCCUUUCAAUUUCAAUAUUCUGAUUAUUUCUACUUUUAGUUGUUGUUGUUUAGUCGUUUAGUCGUGUCCGACUCUUCGUGACCCCCUGGACCGGAGCACGCCAGGCCCUCCUGUCUUCCACUGUCUCCUGCAGUUUGGUCAAACUCAUGCUGGUAGCUUCAAGAACACUGUCCCACCAUCUUGUCCUCUGCCGUCCCCUUCUCCUUGUGCCCUCCAUCUCUCCCAACAUCAGGGUCUUUUCCAGGGAGUCUUCUCUUCUCAUGAGAUGGCCAAAGUCUUGGCGCCUCAGCUUCAGGAUCUGUCCUUCCAGUGAGCACUCAGGGCUGAUUUCCUUCAGAAUGGAGAGGUUGGAUCUUCUUGCAGUCCAUGGGACUCUCAAGAGUCUCCUCCAGCACCAGACUUCAAAAGCAUCCAUUCUUCGGCGAUCAGUCUUCUUUAUGGUCCAGCUCUCACUUCCAUACAUCACUACUGGGAAAUUAUUUACUUGAUUUGAGGAGGUUUAUGGGCAGACCUGGGGGUUGACCUCGGAGGAACCUGGGGCGCUGCUUUGUGCCCAGUCUGACCCCUGAGCCCACCAGCCCCAGGACUCCUCCUCUGACCGGCAGGCUCUCCAAAAGAGGGUUCCUUCCAGCACCCAGGACCCCCCCCCCCUCGAAGCGGUGCCUCCCCACGCCUGGGGCCUGAAGCGCAGCCGGCAGGCGGGUCACUAAGCGUGGGUGGAAGGUGGAUCUUCUGGGUCCUCCCCAAAUGGGCCUGUCGGAGGGGUUGGGAAGACCACCCCUGCCGCCCGCUGGCGGGUGAUCCGGCUAAUUAAUUCCCAAAGACGCCUGAUGAGCCCGCCGUAAAACCCACUUGGCCGGCUGAUCCCCCUGCGCUGGCUGCCGGUGGCUUUGUGCUGGAGUUAUCAGGGUCCGCCCCCCCCCCCCCGGAACAAUUAAAUUUGCCUCCCGUUACCCUGCGAACUCCUGGCCAAGGCGAUAAGGCUUAAUACCUCCCAAUAGCGACUAUCGGCAUUCGCAUAAGGCCCCAUAAAUAUUAAUAGCAUUCUAAUUAGCCCCUUUCAAAUGCAUCACCCAAAUGAAGCGUCUCGGCAGACAUCAUUCAGCGCCUUUCAUUUGCAUCCUCUUUGGCGCCACGGGGAGGGGGAAUGUGCCUCUCCCGCAACCCCAGCCCCCCCCCCCCCGGCGCUCCCCUUUGCUCGCAUCCUUCUGGUCCACAGCAACCCAGUUGAGAGCAUCUGCUUCUGCCAAAAAAGCUGAUCAAAUAUUUAAUUGUUUUUUUGAAAUUAAUUGUAUUGCACUUCCCAGCCUCCAAGGAGCGCAAGGGAGCACACGUGGUUUUCUCCCUUCCUCGUUUAAUCCCCACAACAAUCUUGUGAGGUAGGCCAGGCUGAGAGGAAAGCGACUGCCCCAAGGUGACCCAGUGAGCUUCAUGGCUGAGUGGGGAUUUGAACCCAGGUCUCUAGUUCGACAUUGUGACCGCCAGGCAAUGUGGUACAGCCCCUCUGGAAAGCCCAUCGGCUAAGUGGAAGAAGCUGGCCAGAAUGGAUCCAUAGUUCUGGCAGGAUUAGGCCCUCUGCUCUUUUCCUGGGCAAUCUGUGUGUUUUCAUUAAGAAAGAUAUACAGUGGUACCUCGGGUUACAGACGCUUCAGGUUACAGAUGCUUCAGGUUACAGACUCCGCUAACCCAGAAAUAGUACCUUGUUAAGAACUUUGCUUCAAGAUGAGAACAGAAAUCGCAUGGUGGCUGCAUGGCAGCAGCAGGAGGCCCCAUUAGCUAAAGUGGUGCUUCAGGUUAAGAACGGACCUCCGGAACGAAUUAAGUUCUUAACCCGAGGUACCAUUGUACUGCUAUUCUUGCUUUGUGCCAUAUUCUGCGUACAGUUCCUCAGGCAUGCGAAUCAAAGCCCCCCCCCCCCCUUCAUCGUUUGCCCGAUGAGAUGCUGAUGCUGGUGCUGUGGCUGCUCUGA